AUGGCUUCAGAUCUCGAGCGUUCAAGCAAGCUCAAGCUCAAGCUCCUGCAAUCUGGCGAUUCGAAUUCCUCGCGACAAGCCAUGAGAUCACUGGUUGACUACGAUUCCGAUGGGCACCCCGAGCGUGAGGAUGCAACCCCGGACCCACAAGACGAGGCACCGGGACAAACCCAGGUGCUUCCAGAUAUCGAUACCAUCAUCCAAGAAACGAAAGCCGAGAUACAACAGACGCGUGUGAAGGCCGAUACACUCAUUUGCCGGUAUUUUGAGGCGUUUAUCGCCACUGCUGGACAGCUGAGAGAGGGUGCCAUCCAACGGUAUCGGGAACGACUGGAGGAGUUGCCGGCCAAGGAUCGCGCUAAAGUGUGUGAGACACUGGCGAAAGACGAAGACGUUUGCUCCAACAUGGAAUUUGGAAAUUUGCACGAGGUCUUCGUCAAAGAUGAUUCCAAUUCGCUAUUGGCCAACGCUCCCGAGGAACGUCGACCAUCUCGAGCUCUACAGACUCACUCUGAUGAUGAGAAAAAUGGAUUGGGACCAUGGAAAAGCAGCUCACGUAGCUCCUCUAAGGAGAGCGAGCUGUCGUCUUUGAACGGAGGCUCUCUGUCAUGUGGCGACUCAACUGGGGCUUUCCAGGUAAGAGAGAGGGAGAGAGGUCGAAACAGCUUCUCACCGUCGCCGGACUGGGCUGAAGAAGACCAAGCCGGAAGCUCGGACUCACGGGAGGAACAAGGGCCGGGUCGGCCAUCGAAGCAGGAUGAACGAGACGUUUCAAAGAGGCCAGGAUCAGGUAGGCCACCAAAUGGACCUUGGUCAGAAGAGGAAGAGGCCGUGAUCCGAGAGACGAUGGCGACGCAGCUGCAGAUCGAUGGACAUCUCAGAUACAGCCGCCAAGCCACCAUGAAUCUAAAGGAAUUCUUUCCCCGCCGGACUACCGCAGCUAUUAAGGCCAAGUGGUUGAACAUGAGGACGAGAGACAUAUGGGACGAGUGGAAAGGGACAAGGGGACAAACACAAGUCGGUGACGCCAAAGUUAAAGAUCUCAUGGAAGAUCCGGAUCUCGAGACACAUGAUGAAAAGCAUUCAGGCUCAUUCAUGGAAUAUGAUGACGAUGAAGACGAGUCCAGCGACAAUGAAAGCAGACCGGGCUCGAAUGGGUUGAAGAAAUGGAAGAAGAGGAAUAUGGUUCCCGUCCUGACCAAAUCUGCGCUUCAGCAAGAAGAGCAGACUCCAACAUCGUCUUCGCGGCUUCCAUAUUCCGAACGGCCAGGACAGUCGGAGGUGGCCGGGGCAUCAGUGUCGCGACGCAAGAUUCGGCCCGCGAAAGAGCAUCGUACACAGUUGUGGUCUCCCCGAGAGAUUGAGAUACUUACCAACCUAACCAAGGGCUUCAAUAAAUUGGAGGACAUUGACUUCAAAUAUAUUGCGGCUCAGCUGCCCGACCCUUUCAGGCGCUCGGAAAAGGCCUGCAAGUCCUUCUGGGUCAGACGAGUCGAAUCAUGCCGACCGUCUAAAGACAAAGGUCCGACACGUGACGACGAAGCACCGGUCAAAGUCCCGAUUUCCAGCAACCUUGGCCCUUCUAACCCUCCCACGAAGGCCAAGAAGAGAGGAACAGAAGCCAGCAGCAACUCUGGCUCUCGCAAACUUUCCAAGAAGGCCAGAAGCAGUUCGCAGAACAAUCUUCUUGUCCGGUCUGCGACAGCCGAAGACACUUCGUGA